CAGGUGGCGCUCGUGCCCAGAGGGAGGUGGCGGGCAUCUCAGAGCAGAAGUAGAGUCUUUUUAGGAAACAGACGACAUUAAGUUAGGUGGUCUUUUUAUCCUAAACCCCCGAAACAAUGCACAUCUACUUCUGUGGCAGUAUCCGCGGAGGGAGGCAGGAUGUGGAGGUUUAUCAGAGAAUUGUGAAGAAAUUACAGACUUACGGGAAAGUUCUGACGGAGCACGUGAGCCACGCUGAGCUCUCUGAGAAAGGUGAGGAUGCUACGCUGGACGGAGACAAGGCUAUCCAUGACCGAGAUAUGGAGUGGCUGACCUCGUCUGAUGUCAUAGUGGCUGAGGUGACGCAGCCGUCUUUGGGGGUAGGUUAUGAACUAGGUCGAGCCGUAGCCAUGAACAAGAGGAUUCUGUGUCUGUUCCGACCCUCAUCUGGCAGAGUGCUGUCUGCCAUGAUACGAGGGGCUGACUGCGGGUCAGAAAGCUCUCUUUUUAAGGUGCUGGAUUACACAGAAGAGGAGGUCGAAGGUAUCCUGGAGAAAUACUUCGGUGAACUCACCAAAAAAUAACACUGAAAUCACCAUUACUGUUAUACAUUAUCCAGCUCUAAGGACAAAGUUCAAGAGGCACUCAGCUAACCCACUUUUCUGAUUAGAUUACUUUGCCACAUGAUGGAUUUUUAAAAUGCUGAAAGUAAUUAAGACAUGUAUUAAUUAGGAGAAAAAGAAGUAUAACAAUGUAAAUGUUGUGUUUCUGUCUUUUCUAUUAAAGUUUUGCUGUUUGUUAUAUAACAGUA